UCUGAGUGAGACUUCACCUGGCAGGGACUCUCAGCAUCUGGCUCCUGGGGGCAGGCAGGAGGGAGAGACUCUGAUGGGAGGAUAUUCUGACCCAGACCAAACCUGUGUGUGGAUCAGAGAUGGAAGCUCAGAGGGUCCUGGUAAGAUGCUGCUUCCUGCUGUUCCUCACUGUGACCACCAGGGGUGAGGGCACAGCUGAAACCCUGACUAGUGGCUGGAACCCAAAGGACAAAGGCAGAACCACGCCACAGUAUCGCAGCUGCAAAGAGAUCAAACAGCGCUGUCCUAAAACAGAUGAUGGCCUAUAUACCCUUCACACUGAGAAUGGGGCCAUCUACCAGACCUUCUGUGACAUGACCACGGAUGGUGGUGGCUGGACCCUGGUGGCCAGUGUGCAUGAGAACCACUUAGCAGGCAAGUGCACUGUGGGUGACCGCUGGUCCAGUCAACAGGGCAGCCGGGUGGACAAUCCAGCUGGUGAUGGCAACUGGGCCAACUACAACACGUUCAGAUCUGCAGACGGGGCCACCAGUGAUGACUACAAGAAUCCUGGCUACUUUGACAUCCAGGCCCUGGACCUGAGCAUCUGGCAUGUCCCCAACGAGUCCCCUUUGUCUUCUUGGAGGAACAGCUCCCUGCUGAGAUACCGAACUGACAACAGGUUCUUCCAGGACCAGGGACACAAUCUCUUUGGGAUCUACCAGAAAUACCCAGUGAAGUAUGGAAUAGGAUCAUGUCCAACUGACAAUGGCCCAGCUGUUCCUGUGGUCUACGACUAUGGUGAUGCUAAGAAAACUGCCUCUUAUUAUUCGCCCUACGGUCAGGGGGAGUUUGUGGCUGGAUUCAUUCAGUUCCGCGUGUUUAACAAUGAGAAAGCUUCCAAUGCCCUGUGUGCAGGCAUGAAAGUCACUGGCUGCAACACGGAGUUUCACUGCAUUGGUGGAGGAGGCUACUUCCCAGAGUGGGAUCCCUGGCAGUGUGGGGACUUCUCAGGCUUUGACUGGCAUGGAUAUGGGACUCACACUGGCUGGAGCAAUAGCCGCAACAUCACAGAGGCUGCUGUGCUCCUGUUCUACCGCUGAGAGCCCUGAGCUGGAGACCUGAACCAUCUCCUCACCUCCAUUAUCAGGGAUGAAAAAAUAAAUAAAUAAAUAAA